AUGGCAAAAGAGAGCUCUGCGAAGAACAAGAUGACGAAUGCUGACUCCAAGAACAAUGGAUGGAUCCUUCGUAGUCUCUGGGUUCUCACCAACGCGCUAUUUUGGGUACCAGUGAUAGGGCUGCCUACCUUGUCCUUGAUCUUGUUGACUCCUGCCAUGGGGCUCACGAGAGUGCAGCGGCUUGUUUGGCGGUGCUCUACGAUAUAUUUCAAGAUCACUCUAUGGGCCACUGGUGCUGCAUAUACUGUGAUCGGUCUGGAAAACCUUGAUCCUGACAAGCACUAUUUCUUCGCUUGCAACCACGAGUCAAUCUACGACAUCCCUCUCGUGUUCGCUGCGUUGCCGUUCUGGCUGAUAGCGAUCGCAAAAUCGUCUGUCGCCUACUUCCCAAUAUUCGGAUGGGCGGUUGCAUGUGGUGGGACGAUAUUCAUAGAUCGCUCAGAUCACAACAAAGCUGUUCAUUCACUGGACAAGGGACGAAAGGCUCUGGAACAGCGACCUAGAUCUGUGCUCUUGUUUCCAGAAGGAACAAGGUCAUCAGACGGCAACGUGCGACCAUUCAAGAAAGGAGGCCUCGUCUUGGCAAUUCAAGCAAAGAUGCCUGUGGUCCCUGUAGCGAUUUGCAACACGCGAUCUAUUCUUGGGGCGAAAGUCGACAGCUUCAAAGAAAUCCAUAAGAGCCCGAUAAUACUCAUCAUAGGGAAGCCCAUCGAGACCUCAAGUAUGGCGUAUGAAGAUAGGGACAAGCUCAGCGUCGAUUUGCAAGCAGAAGUAGUUCGAUUGAAAGAACUCUGGAAACAAGGUUCCAACACCGCCUUUUCCUGCGCCGUGUUGGGGACGAGUUCUUGA